AUGAAUGACACUGUAGAGGAUGCUAAUAAGAACAUCAAGAAGAUCAUACAGAAGAUGACAGUGACAUAUAAAGACUGGCACAAGAUGUUUCCCUUUGCUCUUCAUGGAUACUGCACUUUAGUGCGCACGUCAACAGGGAAUCGACUUGGCCAAUUGAACCUAAUUGACGAGAAGAGGCUCGCGGUUGUGUGCCAUGUACAGAUGUACCAGAAACGUAUGACCAAAGCUUUUAACAAGAAGGUCAAACGUCAAGUAUAUCAUGUUGGUGACCUAGUAAUCAAGCGCAUCAUCCUUCCACAAGGUGAUCCCAGAGGCAAGUGGACUCCUACAUACGAAGGACCAUUUGUUAUUAAGAACAUAUUUUCUGGUGGAGCUAUGAUAUUAACCACCAUGGACGGUGACGACCUUCUGCACCCAGCAAACGCUGACAUAGUUAAAAGAUACUACACAUGA